AUGUUGCUUCCACCGCAACUGAGCAAGGCUGUCUUGCCGUUCUUCGCAACGCUUGCCAGCCUAGGCGGCUCACUGCCAACUGGCCAUGCUUCUCAAGCAGCGUCGUACGACUUUAUCGUGGUCGGUGGAGGCACAGCGGGCAACGUGGUCGCCACACGUCUCAGCCAGCAACUGCUGCAUUGCAGCAUUCUCGUCAUCGAGGCUGGACCAUGGGCUCUGGACGAAGACCGCAUCAACAUACCAGGCUUCAAGGGCUCGACAUUGGGUACGAAGUACGACUGGAAUAUCACUUCGAUCCCGCAACCGCAGCUCGAUGGUCGGAUCAUAACUCAAUCCCGUGGCAAAGUCGUCGGUGGGACAUCAGCAAUCAACCUCCUCAUCUAUGACCGCGCUUCCGAACCCGAAUACCAAACAUGGGAAGAUCUCGGCAACCCAGGCUGGGGCUGGGACACCAUGGUUCGGGUUAUGGACAAGUCUUCCAACUUUACUAAACCACGGUCAUACACCGGGACGACGAACUAUGGCACCAGCGGUCCAAUCAACGCCGUAGUCGAUCGCUACAGGCCCGCGCAGCAGAAAGGCUGGAUCUCGACGUUUGAGAAUCUUGGUAUCGAGCAUAAUACCGAAUGGAUGGGUGGUGAGAAUGAGGGUGUAGCGUUCCAUUCCAGCACGAUUGAUCCGACAAAGUACACGAGAUCGUAUAGUGCUGUGGAGUAUCUACCUCGUGCUGGGUCGAAUGUGCAUGUGAUGCCCAAUACUGAGGUGGCGAAGGUGAAUCUGGAGAAGAAGGGAGGGAAGUUCGUUGCUACCGGUGUUACGCUUCUCGAUGGUGAUAUCAUCAUGGCUAAGAACGAAGUGAUUCUGUCAGCUGGCACGAUCAAGAGUCCUCAGAUCCUGGAGCUCUCUGGAAUUGGUGGUGAUACUCUGCAAACCUACGGUAUCGAGCGGAAGAUCCACCUCCCAGGCGUAGGUGAGAACCUCCAGGACCACCCACGCAUCCAACUUGCCUUCCAACUCAAAGACAAAUACACCUCCUUCGACAGACUCAAGAUCGACCCCGACUACGCCGCUGAGCAACUCGCACUCUGGAGAGCCAACGAGUAUUCCGCCUACGAUUUCGCUGCGGGAGCUUUCAGCUACCAGAACUGGAGCUCCAUUCUCGGACCCGACGAAGACCAGCUCGUCAACGCCGCGAAACGUGUCGUAGCCAAAUUCGAAAACAACAUCGUCGACCGCACCAAACUCAACUUCCUCACCGACCCUGCCCUAAGCUCCUCAAUCGUGCAAGCCGAGUUCAUCCUCUCCGACGGCUACACAGGCAGCAAAGGCUACCCGCUCGCCAACAGCACUUUAUACGGCAAAGGCUUCUUCACCAUCAUCGCGGGUCUGAUGCACGAGCUCGCUCGGGGGUCGGUGCAUAUCAAUUCCUCUGAGCCGGGGGUAAAUCCGGCUUACGACCCUGCUUUCGCGAGUAAUGCGUAUGACCUGCAGGGACUGGUGGCGAUGGCGAAGUAUAUUCGUAAGGUCGCGAAUACGGCGCCUUUGGCCAAUACUUGGGUAUCGGAGUACGAGCCCGGGGUGGAGGAAGUGCAGACCGAUGAGGAGUGGGAAGAGUAUGUCAGGGAGAAUGUGAAUACAUUCUAUCAUCCAGUGGGGACUUGUGCGAUGUUGCCGCGCAAAGAGGGCGGGGUGGUUGAUCCGGGGUUGAAGGUGUAUGGCACGAGGAAUUUGAGGGUCGUGGAUGCUUCGGUCAUCCCGCUGUUGUUGUCGGCGCAUCCGCAGAGUGGGAUUUACGGGAUUGCGGAGAGGGCGGCUGAGACUGUUGCUGGAGAGUGGCGGCGUCGUUGA